AUGCAUAUAGAUAGUCCUCCAUUUACAGUGGGAUUACAUCCUGACAAAUCCAUCAUAAGUGGAAAAUACUGUGAGUUGAAAACUUCAGAUAAUGUAAAAAAAUUGCAAGUGUGGGGCGGGGCGGGCCGCGGGGCGGGCGGAGGCGCCCGAGCCCCGCUUCCCCCGCGCCAUUCCACCCCCGGCCAGGCUCAGCCCGCGGCCACCUACGCCCCGCCCCUGCCGGCUGCGCCCAAGCCCAGUUCCGCGAGCCGCUCCCCGGCGGGCUGGCUCUUGGCCCCGGAAGCGCGAGCGUUCACUUCGCGGCGAGUGGCUCCGUCUCCGCGGACAGAGCGCGCGCCCCCUGGCCCGGCCCGCGGGGGGGCUCCGGCACGGUCCCCGAGCGUUUCCCGCCAGGUGGAGCGGGCCGAGCCCAGCAGGUUGACCAGCCCCGCGGCCACGCAGAGCCGGGAGAUCUACUGUUUGAGCCCGGAAGCGCAGAGGCUGGCGGAGGCCCGGCUCGCCGCAAAACGGGCGGCCCGCGCGGAGGCUCGUGAGAUCCCCAUGACGGAGCUGGAGCGGCAGCAGAAGGAGGUAGAAGAGAGACCAGAAAAAUAUUUUACUGAGAAGGGGUCUCGUAACAUGCUGGGCCUGUCUGCAGCCACGCUGGCCUUUCUGGGUGGGACUUCCUCUCGGAGAGGCAGCGGAGACACCUCUAUCUCCAUCGACGCCGAGGCGUCCAUCAGGGAAAUCAAGGACUCUCUAGCAGAAGUUGAAGAGAAAUAUAAGAAGGCUAUGUUUUCCAAUGCUCAGCUAGACAAUGAAAAGACAAACUUCAUUUACCAAGUUGACACCCUGAAAGAUAUGUUGCUGGAGCUUGAAGAACAGCUGGCUGAAUCUAGGCGGCAGUACGAAGAGAAAAACAAAGAAUUUGAAAGGGAAAAACACGUCCACAGUAUACUGCAGUUUCAGUUUGCUGAAGUCAAGGAGGCCCUGAAGCAAACAGAGGAAAUGCUCGAGAAACAUGGAAUAAUCCUAAAUUCAGAAAUAGUUACCAAUGGAGAGACUUCCGACACUCUCAGUAAUGUUGGAUACCAAGAUCCUACCAAGAUGACGAAAGAAGAGUUAAAUGCCCUCAAGUCGACAGGGGAUGGGACCCUAGAAGCCAGUGAAGUGGAGGUGAAGAAUGAAAUCGUGGCGAAUGUGGGGAAAAGAGAAAUCUUGCACAAUACUGAGAAAGAACAACACACAGAGGACACAGUGAAGGAUUGUGUGGACAUAGAGGUAUUCACUGCUGGUGAGAAUACCGAGGACCAGAAAUCCUCUGAAGACACUGCCCCAUUCCUAGGAACCUUAGCAGGUGCUACCUAUGAGGAACAGGUUCAAAGCCAAAUUUUUGAGAGCGCUUCUCUCCCUGAAAACACAGCACAGGUUGAGUCAAAUGAGGUCAUGGGUGCACCAGAUGACAGGACCAGAACUCCCCUUGAGCCAUCCAACUGUUGGAGUGACUUCUUAGAUGGUGGGAGCCACAUAGAGAAUGUGGGAGAGGCAGCGGUGACUCAGGUUGGAGAGCAGGCAGACACAGUGGCCUCAUGUCCUUUAGGGCAUAGUGAUGACACAGUUUAUCAUGAUGACAGAUGUAUGGUAGAGGUCCCCCAAGAGUUAGAGACAAGCAUAGGGCAUAGUUUAGAGAAAGAAUUCACCAACCAGGAAGCAGCUGAGCCCAAGGAGGUUCCAGUGCAGAGUACAGAAGCAGGUAGGGAUCACAACGAAGAAGAGGGUGAAGAAAAAGGAUUAAGGGAUGAGAAACCAAUCAAGACAGAAGUUCCUGGUUCUCCAGCAGGAACUGAGAGCAAGGGUCAGGAGGCGACAGGUCCAAGUACAGUAGACACUCAAAGUGAACCCUCAGAUAUGAAAGAGCCAGAUGAAGAAAAGAAUGACCAACAGGGAGAGGCAUUGGACUCAUCGCAGAAGAGAAAGAACAAGAAAAAGAAAAACAAGAAGAAAAAAUCCCCAGUACCCAUAGAAACCCUUAAAGAUGUUUAA